AUGUGCACUGCGCGUUAUGUGCCAUAUUCUGCAAAUCGUACGAUUGAAAAUCGGGGCGAUUUAGAAACUAUUUUUAAGCAAAGCCGACCGUCCAUUAUGAAUGCUAUUGGGUGUUGUGGUCCACAUCCACAGCUUUAUAAAUUUGGCGAAACUGUGUCGAUACCAUACUGGGAUGAGACAUGGAAACUAGAUAGUUUUUAUGACAAAAUUAAAUUAAAUAGGCUGCAUAAUAUGCACACGCUAUGCUUGCUGCACAUCAAGGAGUAUCAGCCACCUCGUUUUAUGUCAGUAGCUGAAGCUGCGCAGCAUUUGAUGUCGAUUGUUGAGAAGAAAGAUGCACUGGAACGAAAUACUAUUCUAAAUGAACUAUCGCUAUGAGUCGGAUUGGCGCGUGUUGGCCAUGAAAGCCAAAGAAUAAGGCUAUCUGCACAUUUGUCGUGUAAUCAUAGUUUCG